GUCUCAAAGUGCUUCACAGAAUACAUUGCAAAGUGGAUUGACUCACGGAUGGACAUGAAGCUAAGUAAAGAACGGGACUCGGGCGAGGGAGACCUGGAUGAGAUAAAUAAUAAGAUCAGUGAGCUGGACAAGUGGAGGGAAAUCUUUAGCCGUCGGGGAUUGCAGUUCAAAGACACAACACUGAAGAAGAGUCAGGACAGCCGGCGAGUGGACAGUGAUGGGGAAGAUGGGGCUGGGCACACGCUCGCCAAGCCUCGCGGUCACGCCCCUGCCUUCUGUGCCCCCUACUCCAUCCCGAAGGCAUUGUUGGCCCCCACUGGCCGCGGGGGGUCACCUAUCACACAGCACACAGCCCUGGAACUUCGCAGAGUGCUGUUUGGAACAACAUUUCAAGUAUUUAAUUACGAGUGGAAGAAAUCGCACUUUAAAUUCCGAGAGGCAUUCUCAGACUUGUCCUAUGCACUGGAGGCAGAAAGGAGCGGCAGCAGGGCGGUGCAGAUGGCCAUACAGGCUCACGUCAUCAAACAUCUCCUCUUCACACCGAGUCCUGAGCUGGCAUCUCCCAGCAUCAAACGUCUGCAUGGAGUGGGACAGAAGCAGCAGGAGGGAGCACUGGGAUCUGCACUGACGGACAUUCUGUGGAUGGCCGGAGAGGGAGAGAAAGCCGUGAUCAGCUUGGUGACAACCGACAGUCACUUACCUCCUUCAGUAGACUACAAGAUGGAUGGCUACACAGAGAGGCUCCAGCUGUUUCACUUCACUGAGAAGGCAGAGCUGCAGAACUUCAUCUCCGAACACAUCAAUUGUUUUAAAGAUGAAGGGAGCCAUGGCGUUAUCCUCUUCCUGUACAGUUUGAUCUUCUCCAGGACUCUCACACGGCUACAUGAAGACCUGGACAGAAGCACCUCUCACCUCUUGCAGCUAAGUCUGGGGAAUUUCAUCUGCCGACAAGCUUUGAUUAACCUAUUGCUGACUGGGAGAGCAAGCCCCAAUGUCUUCAACGGGGACCUGGAUUACAAUGCCGGAAGCGGUGGGAUGGAGGGUCCGCUGCGGGGGGUCCUGGCUCGCAGCGACGUGGGCUUCCUAUCCUGGAGCCGCGAGCAGCACCUACAGGUUGGGAGCAUGCUCAAAACCCCCAAACUACCUAUCUGGCUUUGCAACAUCAAUGGGACCUACAGCAUCUUCUUCAGCACCAAUCGCCUGCUCUUGUCUGAUUGGAAAAUGGAGCACCUGUUUGAUCUAUUCUUCUACAGCGGACAGCCAUCGCAAAGCAAGACGGUCACACUAACCAUAGACACUCACUCCCAUCAUUGGGAGGAAGGGCUACGUGAAGACGAAAGUGAUCCCGAGAAAAGGUUUCCUUCCGUGGAGAUGACCGUUCGCACCAAAUGGGAGGGGGCGGCCAUCGACUGGCAUGGGACUAUCCCAUUCUUCUGAGGUGGGGGUGAGGGGGGGGGGGAAGAUGCGUGCAGUACGAAGCCUGGCCGCUAACAAUGGACUGUUCCUGCGUGUCGCCGGGAGGGGCCAAUGGAGCUCAAAGCAGGAACUCCGUCUCUUGUGAUGCAGAUAUUUACCUCACACUCGUGAUUUGUUUCAGAGAAAUAUUUUGUGUUUUUUUUUUCCUGCGGGGUUACGGUACAUGAGUUAUCAUUAAAUAAGAAAGCUUGAAACACC